UCACGCAGGCGAACGCGCGUCAGUCGGCGAGCCGAAGCAUUAUGAGAGCUCCACCUUCCGCUGCUGCUGCUGCCGGAGCGGAGAAAGCGGAGACUCGCGGCUCCUCCCGGGCUUCUUACCUCAGCGCGCUCACACGCAGCGCCGCCGGUAGAUGGCUGAAAGCCGCGCGGCAGCUCGGUGAACAUAAUGUCCCAGAAAUCCUGGAUAGAAAGCACUUUCACCAAGAGGGAAUGUGUCUACAUACUGCCAGUGUCCAAGGACCCACACAGAUGCCUUCCAGGAUGUCAGAUUUGCCAGCAGCUUGUCAGGUGCUGCUGCGGCCGGCUGGUCCGGCAACACGCUGGAUUCACUGCGAGUCUGGCGAUGAAGUACUCGGAUGUGAAGCUGGGUGAGGGGGUGGGGUUAGGGAUGAGGUCGAGGGUGGAGCAGGAGGAGUGGAGUGUGGAGAAGCACACAGAGCAAAGUCCCACUGAUGCCUAUGGUAUCAUCAACUUCCAGGGCGGCUCACACUCUUACAGAGCCAAGUAUGUGCGUCUCUCCUAUGACUCUCGGCCUGAGGCGAUCCUCAGGUUGAUGUUAAAGGAGUGGCAGAUGGAGCUCCCGAAGCUCCUCAUCUCUGUACAUGGAGGGAUUCAGAACUUCGAGCUACAUCCUCGCAUCAAACAGGUGGUGGGGAAGGGACUCAUCAAGGCAGCUGUCACCACGGGGGCCUGGAUCCUCACUGGGGGGGUCAAUACAGGUGUGGCAAAACACGUGGGUGAUGCGCUGAGGGAACAUUCGUCCCGUUCUGCUCGGAAGAUUUGUACCAUCGGCAUUGCACCCUGGGGGGUGAUCGAGAACCGUAAUGAUCUCAUCGGGAGAGAUGUGGUAGCCCCCUAUCAGACCCUUCUGAACCCUCUCAGUAAGCUCAAUGUAUUAAAUAACCUGCAUUCCCACUUCAUCCUGGUGGACGACGGCACCGUGGGCAAGUACGGCGCCGAGGUGAACCUGCGGCGGGAGCUGGAGAAACACGUCAACCUACAGAGGAUACACGCCCGUAUCGGGCAGGGUGUUCCAGUCGUAGCUCUGAUCUUUGAAGGUGGGCCGAACGUGAUCCUGACUGUGUUAGAGUAUCUGCAGGAGAACCCACCUGUCCCUGUGGUGGUGUGUGAAGGAACCGGACGAGCAGCAGACAUUCUUUCUUUUGUCCAUAAACAAACCGAGGAUGAUGGUAGUCUUCCGGAUGGUGUUGAGGCCGACAUCGUCGCGACAAUCAAAAAAACUUUUAACUUCAGUCAGAAUGAGGCAGUGCAUCUCUUCCAGACACUCAUGGAGUGCAUGAAAAACAAAGAGCUGAUAACUGUGUUUCAUGUCGGCUCAGAGGAACAUCAGGACAUAGAUGUGGCCAUCCUAAAGGCUCUGCUUCAAGGCACUGAUGCGUCUGCGUUUGACCAGCUUGUGCUGACACUGGCGUGGAACCGAGUGGACAUUGCAAAAGAUCACGUGUUUGUUUAUGGACAAAAGUUACUAGUAGAUUCAUUGGAACAGGCCAUGCUGGAUGCAUUGGUUAUGGACCGCGUGGAUUUUGUGAAGCUGCUAAUUGAGAAUGGUGUGAGCAUGCACCGGUUUCUCACCAUCUCACGCUUGGAGGAGCUUUACAAUAUGAAACAAUUAUCAGCAAACCCUACUUUGCUGCAGCUCGUCAGAGAUGUCAAACAGGGGAAUCUCCCUCCACACUACAAAAUCACUCUGAUUGAUGUGGGUUUGGUGAUCGAGCACCUGAUGGGUGGAACAUAUCGCUGUAACUACACACGCAAGCGCUUCAGGAUCAUCUACAACAACCUACAUGGCAGCAACCGGCGUUCGGGCCGCACUCCAUCCAGCGCACCUUCUCUGCGCAAAAGUCAUGAGGCCUUCAGUAUUCAGGCUGACAAAAAGGAGAAAACUCGACACAACCACUUCAUUAAGACCGCUCAGCCUUACAAACCUAAGUUGGACACGACUGGUGAUGUGCAGCACAGGCGUAGUAAGGAGGAGGUGGUGGACAUUGAUGACCCGGAGACGCUACGCUUUCCAUACCCAUUCAACGAGCUGCUGAUGUGGGCUGUGCUGAUGAAGAGACAAAAGAUGGCGCUGUUCUUCUGGCAGCAUGGAGAGGAGAACAUGGCCAAGGCGCUCGUUGCCUGCAAACUCAGCCGUUCCAUGAGCUACGAGGCCAAAAAAAGUGAUGUGGUGGAUGACAUGUCAGAGGAGCUCAAGGAGUACUCCAAUGAGUUUGGCCAGCUGGCAGUGGACCUUUUGGAACAGUCCUUCAGACAGGAUGAGAUGAUGGCGAUGAAGUUACUGACCUAUGAGCUAAAGAACUGGAGCAAUUCGACGUGUCUGAAGCUGGCUGUAUCGUCACGUUUGCGCCCCUUCGUUGCUCACACUUGCACACAGAUGCUGCUGUCUGACAUGUGGAUGGGACGUCUUAAUAUGCGCAAGAACUCCUGGUACAAGGUGAUCCUGAGUAUCCUAGUGUUCCCUGCCAUCCUGAUGUUGGAGUAUAAGAGUAAGGCGGAGAUGGCCCACAUCCCCCAGUCUCAGGAUGCUCACCAGAUGACUAUGGAGGACAGUGAGCACAACCUGCAGAACCCUGACGACAUCCAGAUGGAUGUAUUUAAGGACUCUCGCAUGAGUGAGCACGCAGAGGUGAAGAGCGAGGCCGAGGUUCUUGUACGCUCACGCCGAUUGCCCAUCACACGCAAGUUCUACGCUUUCUACCACGCUCCCAUCGUUAAGUUCUGGAGCAACACGCUGUUCUAUCUGAGCUUCCUGAUGCUCUACUCAUAUGUGGUGUUGGUGAAACUGCCAAGCUUUCCAUCGCCACAGGAGUGGGCCGUCAUCCUGUACAUCUUUACUUCUGCUAUUGAGAAAAUACGUGAGAUGUUCAUGUCUGAGGGUGGAAAGAUCACACAGAAGAUCAAAGUUUGGUUUAGUGAUUACUUCAACACUUCUGACUUCAUUGCCAUUGUGAUGUUUGUGGUGGGCUUUGGUCUGCGCUUCGGCUCUGAAAACGUAGCUAUCUUUGGGAGGACAGUUUACUGCCUUAACAUUAUUUUCUGGUACGUCCGACUCCUUGACAUCCUCGCCGUCAACCAACAGGCUGGACCUUAUGUCAUGAUGAUUGGCAAGAUGGUAGCAAACAUGUUCUACAUAGUGGUCAUCAUGCUGGUGGUGUUGGUGACAUACGGUGUUCCCCGUAAAGCCAUUCUCUACCCCAACUCUACACCUCAGUGGUCUCUCAUCGUCGAUGUGGUCUUCCAGCCAUACUGGAUGAUGUAUGGGGAGGUGUACGCCUAUGAGAUCGAUGUAUGUGCUAAUAACAGCAACACCGAGCCCCACAUUGCGGAUCUUUGUGGACCAGGGGUGUGGUUAACUCCAGCACUACAAGCCGUUUAUCUGUUCAUACAAUACAUCCUGAUGGUCAACCUGCUCAUUGCCUUCUUCAAUAACGUGUACCUGCAGGUGAUGUCCAUGUCUAACCUGGUGUGGAAAUAUCAGCGUUACCAUUUCAUCAUGGCGUAUCACGAUAAGCCUGUUCUCCCUCCACCACUAAUUAUCUUCUGCCACAUUGCCUCACUCAUUCGCUUCCUCUGCAAAAGCAGGAAAAAGGACAGCAGUGCUUACGGACCAAAGCUCUUCUUGACUAAAGAGGACCAGAAAAAGCUGCACGAUUUUGAGGAGCAGUGUGUGGAGACGUAUUUCCAUGAGAAAGAUGACAAGUUUCACUCUGGGAGUGAAGAGAGGAUCAGAUUAACCUCAGACCGGGUGGAGACGAUGAGUAUCCAGCUGAGGGAGGUUGGAAACAGGGUGAAUUUUAUAAAGCGGUCUUUGCACUCUCUGGACUCUCAGAUCGGUCACCUGCAGGACUUGUCUGCGCUGACUGUGGACACUCUGAAGGCUCUAACGGCGCAGAGAGCUUCCGAAGCCAGCAAAGUGCACAACGAGAUAACACGAGAACUUAGCCUGUCUAAGAACGUGGUGCCUGGCACAGUUGACACCGUCCCACCUUCGAAAGCUUCCAUUUUGGUUCAGAGAAGCGUUUAUCCUCCGCCGUCCAACAUGGCCGACUCUCUGUUCGGUCGAGGAGCUUCAGAAGGGGAGCGUCUGAGAGCCGAGCUGGCGACGACUCCAGAAAGGAGGCCGGCGUUUUCUCCAGAGGCCGGGUCCUUUGGCAUCGCCCCACAUGCUCACGCAAUCGCUCACCCGGACGAUGCCGGCGGCAGCAGCCUGCCGAGCGCUCGUGGUGCCAUGGCGACCUUCUUCGUCAGCACCCCUACGCAGCCGAGCAGCACACACUCGCACACAUACACACACAGUACACAAACGGGCCAGGCUCACUCUCCUGCUGAGGCUGCUGUGGAGUUUGGGGCCUUUGUGGGUCACAAAGAUGAUUCUGAAGGUGGAAGGUCCCCUAAGCAGAGUUCUGUGGGCUGCAGGCAGCUUAGUCACAGCAGCAAGGGAACUGGCCACAUGAGGACUGUGAACUCUUACGCUGGUUUUACAGAACUUGACAAAAAUCCGACAUUCCUGCAGCCAAGUCUGAGUAAGCAAGACAGGAGUCGAAUAUCAGCAGAGGAUGUUCGGUUCCAUGAGGACCCACGAGCAGCUCUGUUACUGGAAAGAGCUCAGGGAAAAUCUGUGCAGGCCAGCAGCAGUGUAGGUCCAGCAGAGGACACCACCAGUGCCACAGUAGGCCUAUACUCGGCCCGUCACAGCCCUCUCAGUACACGUAAGGACUCGAUUGGUUCUCCCUUUAAGCCGAUGGAGGGUUAUCAGUAUUCAGCGGUGGAGCGUAAUAACCUCAUGAGGUUGUCACAGAGCAUCCCGUUCACCCCUGUGCCCCCUAGAGGAGAGCCAGUAACAGUGUACUGUCUGGAGGAGAGCUCUCCAACUAACAUCAACAACAGCAUGUCCUCAUGGGCGCAGCGUGGCCUUUGUGCCAAAAUUGAGUUCCUGAGUAAGGAGGAAAUGGGCGGCGGCUUAAGGCGAGCGCUGAAGGUGCUGUGUACGUGGUCUGAGUACGAUAUCCUCAAACCUGGACAUCUGUACAUCAUCAAGUCCUUCCUCCCUGACGUCAUCAACGCAUGGCAGAGUGUCUACAAAGAAGAUACUGUCCUGCACCUCUGUCUGAGGGAGAUCCAACAGCAGCGAGCAGCUCAGAAGCUCACCUUUGCCUUCAAUCAAGUCCGACCUAAAACUAUCCCCUACUCACCCCGGUUCCUGGAGGUGUUCCUUUUGUACUGUCACUCAGCUGGACAGUGGUUUGCAAUAGAGGAGUGCAUCACAGGUGAGUUCCGUAAGUUCAACAACAACAACGGUGAUGAGAUCAUUCCCACAAACCUGCUGGAGGAAACCAUGCUGGCCUUUAGCCACUGGACCUAUGAGUACACACGGGGGGAGCUGUUGGUGCUGGACCUGCAGGGAGUAGGUGAGAUUCUUACCGAUCCGUCUGUCAUUAAGAGUGGAGAGAAAGGAUCUUAUGAUAUGGUGUUUGGGCCAGCAAACCUUGGUGAUGAUGCCAUCCGAAACUUCCGCACCAAACACCACUGUAACUCCUGCUGUCGCAAACUCAAACUGCCUGACCUGAAGCGGAACGACUACACGCCAGAGAAAGUGACACUGCAGCAGGAUGAUCAAACAGAAAGUCCUGCACCUUCUACACAGACAGGGGGCGGGGCUAAAGAACCGCGCCCUUCUAUGCGCUUAAUGCUGUGACACACACACACACACACACACACACACACACUAAAACCUGUACUAGAACCUGGAACCCCACAUCUGUGUGGGAGCUGGAAACCCUCCAAAGAGACGUCGAGUCGAGUCUGUCUGUCAGACUGAGUGAGUGAGUGAGAGAGUGAGAGAGUGAUUGACAUGUGUGUCUGUGUUGGGGGGUUGUUGUGGGCAGUUAUACCAAUGCUACUGCGCCUCAGUUGGGCCAAACUGAAGUGACUCUAUGUUGUAAAGAUUUUAAAAUGUACACAGAGUUUUUUAAGAGAUUAUUUUAUUUUGAUGUUUAUAUCGUCGAUAUUGAUUAAUGUAUCGCGGUUCUCAUGUCUACAGACCGCACGAUGCCUUGUAUCAAAUGUUGCGUCAUCAUGAACUGCAGAUCAACACUGAGACUUAACACAAGACGCAUCUUUUUUUAUACAUCUCCAGUAUCACAUGUACACGCGCACACACACACACACACACACAGAUCAUGUAAUCUGGGCAAAUUGCAAUGCAGCUUUUACAGUUUAAUUUUGUCCGAUGUUCAAACACGAGUUUUUAAUGUUACAGAGGUACUAUAUUAUCUUUAUUAUUAUUAUUAUUAUUAUUUUUUAUUAUUUUAAUUUUUAUUUUGUUGUACAUGGAUGUAUGAAAAUUUUAAGUAGCUGUGUAGGGCAGAAAGAGUGGCUCAGAAUGAGUGUAUUUUAUUCAGUGGACAUGAGAGGAUAUUAUUCAGGACAGUUUUUUUUUUUACUGGUUAUCAUUAAACAAAUAAAAACAAAACAUACUACAAC